AUGAAGAAGAAUGAAUAUAAGAAACAAAAUAAAUUUAAUAAUCUUAUAUUUGUAAAAGAUAUACCAGAAAAAUAUGACUAUAUUACAGUUUAUAAUUUUUUGAAUAAAUUUGGAAAGAUACAAGAAAUUAAACCAAUAUUUUCACCUAAUCAAUUAUUUAUGAAAUUUAUUUUUAUUUUGUUUAAAGAAGAAAGAUCAAAGUAUUAUUUACAAGAAUAUUAUAGUACUAAAUCAUCUAUAAUAAGAUUUAAUAAAAGAAUAGAAGACAAAUUAGAAGAAGAAGAACACCAGUAUACAAAACAAAAAUGUAUAGAAUUACAAGAAAAAAUAAAAAAUUAUUCUAAUUUGAAUUCUGUAAAAAAUAAAAGCCAAAAUUUAUAUUUUACAAAUAAAAAAGAGUGGAUUGAAAGUGUUACUGAUAUUCAGAAUAUUAUUAAAAAAUAUUAA